GGUUUAUUGUGCACGCGCGCACGGUCCGUCGAUUCAGUACCGAAGCGGCGCGCGGAGACGACGACCGGUUCUCUCUGUCGAAGAUACGCGUCCGCGCCGUUGUGUCGUACCGUUUUAAAAUAUUGUUGUUCGUUAUCGGUUUCGGGCGCGUUGUUGUUGUUGUGCGAAUAACACGUUGCGACCGAAAAAUCGGUUCGUUGUAAUUAGCGUUUUCCCAUUGUGUUACGAUUUCAGUUACUUUCCCGGUGCUAUCAAACGCGCACGCGAAUUUCCGCCGACCGAACGGACCUACAGAAAAGGUCUCGAAAUUCGGUCCAACCAGAUUAAGCGUAAAAGCGAAUUUCGUCCGGAUGAAAACCAGUUCAGUUAGUCUUGGCGAUGACGGUGGCGGCGGCUUCGCAUCAAUAGCAUUCACAAAUAUGUAUAGAUUACAUCACCUUAAACUGUGCGGGAACGAGAUGAAACAGAAAAAAUAAAUAAUGGAAAUAUCCAACUGCAUCGAAAUUCCAUUUCCGGUACGAUGACGCCGCUGCGUUUCGUCUCCAUUGCGCUCCACCAGUAGCGUGUAAAACGAACAAAGUCCGAAACACCACCGUAACCGCUGCCGAUUACUACGUGUAUUACCUUCGGAAGUAUAUUACGGAUAUUCAAUCACGGUGAAGAACACCGGUCGAGCGUCCGCCAGUCAUGUCACGGUCGCGUCACCGCAACGGCCGUCGUCACCAUCGCCAUCGCUCGGUAGCCCACCCCGAUCACGUGAGCUCCGGACACCGCCGCCGUUCGUCACGAUCGGUAUCCAGACCGUCGUCACCGGGGCGCCGAUGAAGACGACAUGACCGGCGGUCGGUACAGCUGCAGCAGUUUCAUCAUCGUCGACGGCGGCUGCAGCGGCGGCAACAACACCGGCAGCACCGGCAACGGCGACAGCGGCGGCGUGAGCAGUCGCAAGCUACAACCGUUGUCGUCGUCGCCGGCGACGGGACGAUGUAACAACAACAGGAACCGACGACCGUCCACGACGACCGCCGCUGCUUUCGUGCACAUGAAGAAGACGUGGAAGAACGUUGCGGCGAUGCUGUUCGCCGUGGCCUUCGUCACCACGGCCACCGCGACGUUUUACUUCAACUACGCGGCGACCACGGCCACCGCGUGCUGCGUCGUCGGCCAGCCGUCAACGUCGCGCCGCGAGUCGUCCAACUUCGCGGCGGCCGCGGACGACGAGCCCGGCCGCGGCAAGUUCGGAUUGUCCGUGGUACGCGCGUCCAAGCUGUACACCGUUUGCGAAACACGUGGCUACCACCGCCGUGACGACCUGGUCACGUUCGCAGGUCGCAGACGUCUACAAACAAGCGACAGCACGACCGGCGGUUCGCCCGGAGAGAACGACGAGAGCCGUGACAGUGGCCCGCGCAACAGUGACGAAGCCAACGAAACCGCUCUGAUAUACUUCAUCACGCCCACCUAUCCGCGACGUGAGCAAAUUGCCGAGCUCACGCGACUGGGCCAGACGCUCAUGCACGUGCCGCGUCUACACUGGAUAGUGGCUGACGAUCGACCCGAUUGCAGUCCACAAAUAAUGAAUUUAUUACCCGAUUUUAGCAUUCCUUACACGUACAUCGCCAGCCCUAUGCCGACGAUUUACAGACGCGACCCCAACGCAAUGCCCCGCGGGGUAUCCAACCGCCGAGCUGCACUGAAUUGGAUAAGACUGAACCACGAUGUUAACGACUCGGACGCGGUCAUCUACUUCGGCGACGACGACAAUACUUUCCACCUGGACCUGUUCAAAGAAAUACGGUCCACGAAGAAAAUAUCAAUGUUUCCCGUCGGUUUGAUCGGCGAAUACGGUGUCAGUUCGCCGAUCAUUAACAAUGGCAAAGUGAUCGGUUUUUUCGACAGCUGGCCGGCUAAAAGAAAAUUUCCAGUCGACAUGGCUGGGUUUGCUAUUAACGUUCAAUUAUUAUUCAAAUAUCCAUAUGCUACUAUGCCGUACAAAGUGGGCUUUGAAGAAGACCGUUUUCUGUCGGCCCUCGCCAUUCAACUAGACGAGAUCGAACCAAAAGCGGAAAACUGUACCAGGAUUUUGGUUUGGCACACUCAAACAGUAAAAAAACCCAAGCCAGUUGUCAUGAUCAAAUCUAAAACUACGUUGCCAGGUUCACUUGCCACUCUACUCAAUCAAGUUACAAUGUUAGGUAUAGGCGAAGUAAGCGAAACUACAGGUGUUCGCAGUUAUAUGACAAAAAACGGUAUUACUAUCAGGGUUUAGUACCCUUAUAUAUUUAUUUUUAAUAUUUGUACUGUUGUAUUUACUAAAAGAUAGUAAUGUGUAAUGUAGAUCACAUUUUAGUGCCCUAUAGCUUAUUAGAUUUUUUUCUUUUUAUUGUUAUGUUUAAUAUUUUUGUUGUUGUUGAAGUCAUUAUAUUAUAAAAGUUAUUUUUGUUUUCUCUUUUUAUGUAUGCUUACAUGUUAAUUAUUAUAUUAACAUUAAAUAAUGUGUAAUGUGCAUAGAACAAGAAAACACUACGACUUUUUUUCUUGUAAUUGUGUGUAUUGAUUUUUAAGUUAUAAGUUUCAUAAUGAAUCAAUUUAAUAAUUAGUGUUUUA